AUGACUCGCGGACCUAUCACCUGCGACACUAGCCUCCCAAAAACACCGAAGGCAACUUUAGCACCAGCCACGCCAACAACCUCGGUCGCACCCCCUAAGACCCCACCGUCGACGAAAUUUCCUCGCAAUCCGUCAAACAAAUUCUGGGCCCAGGAACAGCAGAGAAGAUUAUUCCUGGAACACCUGAAACGAUGGUCCUUGAGCCACGACUCGAGCACUUUCUUCCAAGGCAAGAUAAGUUUGCUUCCUCCUGAGCCUGGUGCGAAUGAGGAUCUGGCGCUGGGCAAGACUGUGACCUGUAUUCUGACCGACUCGAGCUUUACGGAUUUCAGGAAGACUGUUGCUAUUAGACUUUUCAACCCGCAAAAGAACAGUAAGAAGGGCACGACAAGCCAUUUUGAACGGGAUAUGAAGAGCAAGAGUAUGGACCUAUUCAGAAGCGAUAUGAGGCUCUCUGAGCGCCGAGAAGAGUGUUAUACCAGAGAAGAGGAUGCUUGGCCGUUGUCUCCAUCAAAGCCGAAUCCAUCGACCAGCUACUAUUACAAACUCGUCAUCCGUUACGGCUCUGGCUGGCUCUCGGCACGCGACUACCUAAACAAACUCUACUUCUCGCAUUUCGCAGCUCGUUUCCCAGGCCGGAAUGUCAACUGCGUCACGGGCACGGCCGACCACUUUUUCGGCGUUCGUUCCAAAGCUCUUGGUCCACCACCCUGCGAUAGAGACACAGUACCCAUCCAGCCGCUUUUCCAUCCCUUCCAACGCCUGCCCACCGAGCUACAGGAAAUGAUCCUCAUGACAGCCAUCGGUAUGACACGCGAUUGCGAUCUCACCAACGACCCACGCAGAAACUGCAGCAAUAACCCGAAAGCCACCGAAAGACCAAUCAGUCUAUCAACCAUGCUACGAAUCUCACGCCAUAUCUACACCACAAUGCAACCGUAUAUAUUCCACAGCACGACCUUUCACUUUGGCUUAAGCGGUACUACAAACUUCCUCUGGCAAUCUGGACCCGUUCAUCGCCCUCAGAUACGGCGUCUGGCUUUCCAUUUUGGGAAGAAUGCUUUACUCCACUGCGUGCGCUGGUUAGCCGCAGAUCCCAUUUUUGACCUUCUGGAACCCCCGCAACCGAAUGGAGGUUCUGGACUACCUCUUUUCUGGCGCUGUCAGUUGCGCGCUCUGGCACAGGAAGUGCAUCUGUUGGAUCUUGUUGUUGAUAUUGAGGGGAUACCGAAAGCGGAUAUCGCCAUGGUGGUUAGGAUAUUAAGGGAUGUGUUUGGCAGUGUUGAGAGAGUGAAGUUUGUGGAUGGUGCUGCGCCCGGUAAGACGGAGGUCGUUGACAAGGGAGACGAGAGGUUAGCUGGCCUUGGGAAAGGAUCGUGGAGGGACAUGGUGAAGGGAUACAUCGAGAGGUAUCGCCGCCAGAUUGGCUGGCACAACUGGCAUUUCAAGAUGGACUUGGUGCCGUUGAAGGAGGAAGAGGUGGAUGAUUUGAUGGAUAAGGAGAUGGCGUUCUUUGAUAAUUGA